CAUAAGUCAUAACCGAGUGUUAUUUCUUCGUUUUCGCCCGCCUGCUACCUUUCUCAAAGAAUCUCAAAGCGUUGGGGGUUUUGCAAGAACUUCAAGUCUUCAAUCAUCCAAAUUCUAGGGUUUAUAUCCUUUCCUCUCUCCUCUUCUACAAUCGGGAGCUCGAGCUCAAGCAAUUGAUCAACAAAUUGAGAAUGGAGGAGCCAAAGAAACCGCAGGUAUUACCAACGGUGGCAAUUCCACACUUCCAAGAAGGCAUAUCAUUGGUGUUCUCAAAAUGGUGGGCCCUUCAAAUGGCUGUUCAAAACGAGUGGGGAGGCCAUGAUUCUCAUACUAAAUCUCUCAAUUUCUCCUCUGAUAUCUUUAAUUUCUUCUACAAACCUAAUCGCAAAGAACCCAUAUACAUAGAUGAUUUAGAAGAAGAGCUGAACGUAGGCUUGGAUUCUUUCAAUACAACUGCGGAUGACGGCAGCGUCGAGGAGGUGGCAGUGCAAUUGAUGGUUAUGUAUGAAGAGUGUUUGGAAGGAAACUAUCAAUCAAUUCAGAAGUUGAAGCAAAUGAAAUCACAGCCUAUUCCUCGUGUAGAACAGGAUGCAAGUGACAGUGACAGUGGUGAGGAUGAAAAUGACAAUAGCAUGGGGAAUGACGAGGCAUCAAAUAUGAUGGUAGAUACACCAGAGUCUUUUCUAAGUACAAACUCCACAGAAACACAGAAAAACAACGGCAGACACCAGCAGAUGGAAGAAGCUGAAGAUGGAUGGACUGUAGUUCCUUCAAGAAAGAGCAAGGGUCGGAAAAAUUAGUUUGGGACCUGAUGAUGCACUUCCUAAACCGUAAGCAUUAGAUAUUACUUUACUUGUACCCAUUUUUGUUUUCCUUAACACUUAAUAUAUGUCAAAGGCUCGAGUCCUGAGUGUAUUGUGACCAACAUUACCUGGAAACUAGUUUGCUCUGAUACUUCGGAGCAAACACAUGUCCAAUUUUCCAGCUUUUUCUUUCCAUCUAAAUUAAAUUUAUCGUGUGUUACCAAAUGGAUCUGCACUGUUUCCCGCUAUACUUAUUUCACCACUUAUAUCAGAGAACAUUUUGCGUCUUCA